AUGUUAGAGACAACACAACCUAUCACUAGUGACAUUAAAACUGCUUCACAAUCCACUGAUACAACUACACAGACUUCACCCGAAACAACAAGUAUAUCAUCUCUAACAAAUACAGAAACUAGUACUUCAGUUUCGUUAGAGACAACACAGCCUAUCACUAGUGACACCACAACUGCUUCAAAAUCCACAGGUGCAACAACACAGAGUUCACCUGAAACAACUAGUACAUCAUCUCUAACAAAUACAGAAACUAGUAUUUCAGUUUCGUUAGAGACAACACAACCUAUCACUAGUGACACCACAACUGCUUCAAAAUCCACUGAUAAAACAACAGAGAGUGCUCCUGAAACAACAAGUAUAUCAUCUCUAACAAAUACAGAAAUUAGUACUUUAGUUUCGUUAGAGACAUCACAACCUAUCACUAGUGACACCACAACUGCUUCAAAAUCCACUGAUACAACAACACAGAGUUCACCUGAAACAACUAGUACAUCAUCUCUAACAAAUACAGAAACUAGUACUUCAGUUUCGUUAGAGUCAACACAACCUAUCACUAGUGACACUACAACUGCUUCACAAUCCACUGAUACAACAACACAGACUUCACCCGAAACAACAAGUACAUCAUCUCUAACAACUACAGAAACUAGUAGCUCAGUAACAUCCGAAACAACACAACCUAUCACUAGUGACACUACAACCGCUUCACAAUCCACUAAUACAACAACAGAGACUUCACCCGAAACAACAAGUACAUCAUCUCUAACAACUGCAGAAACUAGUACUUCAGUAACAUCCGAAAUAACACAAUCUAUCACUAGUGACUCUACAACUGCUUCACAAUCCACUGAUACAACAACACAGACUUCACCCGAAACAACAAGUACAUCAUCUCUAACAACUACAGAAACUAGUAGUUCAGUAACAUCCAAAACAACACAACCUAUCACUAGUGACACUACAACUGCUUCACAAUCCACUAAUACAACAACAGAGACUUCACCCGAAACAACAAGUACAUCAUCUCUAACAACUGCAGAAACUAGUACUUCAGUAACAUCAGAGACAGCACAACCUAUCACUAGUGACUCUACAACUGCUUCACAAUCCACUGAUACAACAACACAGACUUCACCCGAAACAACAAGUACAUCAUCUCUAACAACUACAGAAACUAGUAGUUCAGUAACAUCCGAAACAACACAACCUAUCACUAGUGACACUACAACUGCUUCACAAUCCACUAAUACAACAACAGAGACUUCACCCGAAACAACAAGUACAUCAUCUCUAACAACUGCAGAAACUAGUACUUCAGUAACAUCAGAGACAGCACAACCUAUCACUAGUGACUCUACAACUGCUUCACAAUCCACUGAUACAACAACACAGACUUCACCCGAAACAACAAGUACAUCAUCUCUAACAACUACAGAAACUAGUAGUUCAGUAACAUCCGAAACAACACAACCUAUCACUAGUGACACUACAACUGCUUCACAAUCCACUAAUACAACAACAGAGACUUCACCCGAAACAACAAGUACAUCAUCUCUAACAACUGCAGAAACUAGUACUUCAGUAAUAUCAGAGACAACACAACCUAUCACUAGUGACUCUACAACUGCUUCACAAUCCACUGAUACAACAACACAGACUUCACCCGAAACAACAAGUACAUCAUCUCUAACAACUACAGAAACUAGUAGUUCAGUAACAUCCGAAACAACACAACCUAUCACUAGUGACACUACAACUGCUUCACAAUCCACUAAUACAACAACAGAGACUUCACCCGAAACAACAAGUACAUCAUCUCUAACAACUGCAGAAACUAGUACUUCAGUAACAUCCGAAACAACACAACCUAUCACUAGUGACUCUACAACUGCUUCACAAUCCACUGAUACAACAACACAGACUUCACCCGAAACAACAAGUACAUCAUCUCUAACAACUACAGAAACUAGUACUUCUGUUAUGUUAGAGACAACACAACCUAUCACUAGUGACACUAAAACUGCUUCACAAUCCACUGAUACAACUACACAGACUUCACCCGAAACAACAAGUAUAUCAUCUCUAACAAAUACAGAAACUGGUACUUCAGUUUCGUUAGAGACAACACAGCCUAUGACUAGUGACACCACAACUGCUUCAAAAUCCACAGAUACAACAACACAGAGUUCACCUGAAACAACUAGUACGUCAUCUCUAACAAAUACAGAAACUAGUAUUUCAGUUUCGUUAGAGACAACACAACCUAUCACUAGUGACACCACAACUGCUUCAAAAUCCACUGAUACAACAACACAGAGUUCACCUGAAACAACUAGUACAUCAUCUCUAACAAAUACAGAAACUAGUACUUCAGUUUCGUUAGAGUCAACACAACCUAUCACUAGUGACACUACAACUGCUUCACAAUCCACUGAUACAACAACACAGACUUCACCCGAAACAACAAGUACAUCAUCUCUAUCCACUACAGAAACUAGUAGUUCAGUAACAUCCGAAACAACACAACCUAUCACUAGUGACACUACAACUGCUUCACAAUCCACUAAUACAACAACAGAGACUUCACCCGAAACAACAAGUACAUCAUCUCUAACAACUGCAGAUACUAGUACUUCAGUAACAUCCGAAACAACACAACCUAUCACUAGUGACUCUACAACUGCUUCACAAUCCACUGAUACAACAACACAGAGUUCCCCUGAAACAACAAGUACAUCAUCUCUAACAACUACAGAAACUAGUACUUCAGUUUCGUUAGAGACAACAAAACCUAUCUCUAGUGACACUACAACUGCUUCACAAUCCACUGAUACAACACAGAUGUCACCUGAAACAACAAGUACAUCAUCUCUUACAACUACAGAAACUAGUACUUCAGUAACAUUCGGAACAACACAUCCUAUCACUAGUGACACUACAACCGCUUCACAAUCCACUGAUACAACAACACAAACUUUACCUCAAACAACAAGUACAUCAUCUCUAACAACUACAGAAACUAGUACUUCGGUUACGUUAGAGACAACACAACCUAUCACUAGUGACACUACAACUGCUUCACAAUCUACUGAUACAACAACACAGACUUCACCUGAAACAACAAGUACAUCAUCUCUUACAACUACAGAAACUAGUACUUCAGUAACAUCAGAGACAACACAACCUGUCACUAGUGACACUACAACCGCUUCACAAUCCACUGAUACAACAACACAGACUUCACCUGAAACAACAAGUACAACAUCUCUAACAACUACAGAAACUAGUACUUCAGUAACAUCAGAGACAACACAACCUAUCACUAGUGACUCUACAACUGCUUCACAAUCCACUGAUACAACAACACAGACUUCACCUGAAACAACAAGUACAACAUCUCUAACAACUACAGAAACUAGUACUUCAGUAACAUCAGAGACAACACAACGUAUCACUAGUGACUCUACAACUGCUUCACAAUCCACUGAUACAACAACACAGACUUCACCCGAAACAACAAGUACAUCAUCUCUAACAACUACAGAAACUAGUACUUCACCUAUCACUAGUGACACUACAACCGCUUCACAAUCCACUGAUACAACAACACAGACUUUACCUGAAACAACAAGUACAUCAUCUCUAACAACUACAGAAACUAGUACUUCGGUUACGUUAGAGACAACGCAACCUAUUACUAGUGACACUACAACUGCUUCACAAUCCACUGAUACAACACAAACUUCACCUGAAACAACAAGUACAUCAUCUCUAACAACUACAGAAACUAGUACUUCAGUUUCGUUAGAGACAACACAACCUAUCACUAGUGACGCUACAACUGCUUCACAAUUCACUGAUACAACAACACAGACUUCACCCGAAACAACAACUAUAUCAUUUCUAACAACUACAGAAACUAGUACUUCAGUAACAUCAGAUACGACACAACCGAUCACUAGUGACACUACAACUGCUUCAAAAUCCACUGAUACAACAACACAGAGUUCACCUGAAACAACUAGUACAUCAUCUCUAACAAAUAGAGAAACUAGUACUUCAGUAACAUCCGAAACAACACAACCUAUCACUAGUGACACUACAACUGCUUCACAGUCCACUGAUACAACAACACAGAGUUCACCUGAAACAACAAGUACAUCAUUUCUAACAACUAUAGAAACUAUUUCUUCAGUAACAUCAGAGACAACACAACCUAUCACUAGUGACACUACAACCGCUUCACAAUCCACUGAGACAACAAAACAGACAUCACCCGAAACAACUAGUAUAUCAUCUCUAACAACUACAGAAACUAAUACUUCAGUUUCGUUAGAGACAACACAACCUAUCACUAGUGACUCUACAACUGCUUCACAAUCCACUGAUACAACAACACAGACUUCACCCGAAACAACAAGUACAUCAUCUAUAACAACUACAGAAACUAGUACUUCAGUUUCGUUAGACUCAAUACAACCUAUCACUAGUGACGCUACAACUGCUUCACAAUCCACUGAUACAACAACACAGACUUCACCCGAAACAACAAGUACAACAUCUCUAACAACUACAGAAACUAGUACUUCAGUUUCGUUAGACACAACACAACCUAUCACUAGUGACGCUACAACUGCUUCACAAUCCACCGAUACAACAACACAGACUUCACCCGAAACAACAAGUAUAUCAUCUCUAACAAAUACAGAAACUAGUGCUUCAGUUUCGUUAGAGACAACACAACCUAUCACUAGUGACACUACAACUGCUUCACAAUCCACUGAUACAACACAGAUGUCACCUGAAACAACAAGUACAUCAUUUCUAACAAAUACAGAAACUAGUACUUCAGUUACAUCCGAAACAACACAACCUAUCACUAGUGACACUACAACUGCUUCACAGUCCACUGAUACAACAACACAGAGUUCACCUGAAACAACAAGUACAUCAUUUCUAACAACUAUAGAAACUAUUUCUUCAGUAACAUCAGAGACAACACAACCUAUCACUAGUGACACCACAACUGCUUCAAAAUCCACUGAUACAACAACACAGAGUUCACCUGAAACAACUAGUACAUCAUCUCUAACAAAUACAGAAACUAGUACUUCAGUUUCGUUAGAGACAACACAACCUAUCACUAGUGACACUACAACUGCUUCACAAUCCACUGAUACAACACAGAUGUCACCUGAAACAACAAGUACAUCAUUUCUAACAAAUACAGAAACUAGUACUUCAGUUUCGUUAGAGACAACACAACUUAUCACUAAUGACACUACAACUGCUUCACAAUCCACUAAUACAACAACAGAGACUUCACCCGAAACAACAAGUACAUCAUCUCUAACAACUGCAGAAACUAGUACUUCAGUAACAUCCGAAACAACACAACCUAUUACUAGUGUCACUACAACUACUUCACAAUCCACUGAUACAACAACACAGAGUUCCCCUGAAACAACAAGUACAUCAUCUCUAACAACUACAGAAACUAGUACUUCAGUUUCCUUAGAGACAACACAACCUAUCACUAGUGACACUACAACUGCUUCACAAUCCACUGAUACAACAACACAGACUUCACCAGAAACAACAAGUACAUCAUCUCUAACAACUACAGAAACUAGUAGUUCAGUAACAUCCGAAACAACACAACUUAUCACUAGUGACACUACAACCUCUUCACAAUCCACUGAUACAACAACACAGACUUUACCUGAAACAACAAGUACAUCAUCUCUAACAACUACAGAAACUAGUACUUCAGUUAUGUUACAGACAACACAUCCUAUCACUAGUGACACUACAACUGCUUCACAAUCCACUGAUACAACACAGACUUCACCUGAAACAACAAGUACAUCAUCUCUAACAACUACAGAAACUAGUACUUCAGUUUCGUUAGAGACAACACAACCUAUCACUAGUGACACUAAAACUACUUCCCAAUCCAUUGAUACAACACAGAUGUCACCUGAAACAACAAGUUCAUCAUCUCUAACAACUACAGAAACUAGUACUUCAGUAACAUCCGAAACAUCACAACCUAUCACUAGCGACACUACAACCGCUUCACAAUCCACUGAUACAACAACACAGACUUUACCUGAAACAACAAGUACAUCAUCUCUAACAACUACAGAAACCAGUACUUCAGUAACAUCCGAAACAACACAACCUAUCACUAGUGACACUACAACUACUUCACAAUCCACUGAUACAACUACACAGACUUCACCUGAAACCACAAGUACAUCAUCUCUAACAACUAAAGAAACUAGUACUUCAAUUACGUUAGAGGCAACACAACCUAUUACUAGUGACACUACAACUGCUUCACAAUCCACUGAUACAACACAGACUUCACCUGAAACAACAAGUACAUCAUCUCUAACAACUACAGAAACUAGUACUUCAGUAACAUCCGAAACAACUCAACCUAAUACUAGUGACACUACAACUGCUUCACAAUUCACUGAUACAACACAGACUUCACCUGAAACAACAAGUACAUCAUCUCUAACAACUACAGAAGCUAGUACUUCAGUAACAUCCGAAACAACUCAACCUAAUACUAGUGACACUACAACUGCUUCACAAUUCACUGAUCCAACAACACAGACUUCACCUGAAACAACAAGUUCAUCAUCUCUAACAACUACAGAAACUGGUACUUCAGUUAUGUUAGGGACAACACAACUUAUCACUAGUGACACUACAACUGCUUCCCAAUCCAGUAAAACAACACCACAGACUUCACCCAAAACAACAAGUACAUCAUCUCUAACAACUAGAGAAACUACCACCUCAGUAACAUCAAAGACAACACAACCCAUCACUAGUGACACUACAACUGCUUCACAAUCCAAUGAUACAACAACACAGACUUCACCCGAAUCUAGUACUUCAGUAACACCAGAUUAUAUUCAAUCUAUCACUAGUGAUACAAAAACUACUCCAAUCUCGGGUGAUACAGCAACACAGACUUCACCCAAAGCAAAAAGUACAUCAUCUCUAACAACUACAGAAACUAGUACUUCAGUUAUGUUAGAGACAACACAACUUAUCACUAGUGACACUACAACCGCUUCACAAUCCACUGAUACAACACAGACUUCACCUGAAACAACAAGUACAUCAUCUCUAACAACUACAGAAACUAGUAGUUCAGUAACAUCCGAAACAACACAACUUAUCACUAGUGACACUACAACCUCUUCACAAUCCACUGAUACAACAACACAGACUUUACCUGAAACAACAAGUACAUCAUCUCUAACAACUACAGAAACUAGUACUUCAGUUAUGUUACAGACAACACAUCCUAUCACUAGUGACACUACAACUGCUUCACAAUCCACUGAUACAACACAGACUUCACCUGAAACAACAAGUACAUCAUCUCUAACAACUACAGAAACUAGUACUUCAGUUUCGUUAGAGACAACACAACCUAUCACUAGUGACACUAAAACUACUUCCCAAUCCAUUGAUACAACACAGAUGUCACCUGAAACAACAAGUUCAUCAUCUCUAACAACUACAGAAACUAGUACUUCAGUAACAUCCGAAACAUCACAACCUAUCACUAGCGACACUACAACCGCUUCACAAUCCACUGAUACAACAACACAGACUUUACCUGAAACAACAAGUACAUCAUCUCUAACAACUACAGAAACCAGUACUUCAGUAACAUCCGAAACAACACAACCUAUCACUAGUGACACUACAACUACUUCACAAUCCACUGAUACAACUACACAGACUUCACCUGAAACCACAAGUACAUCAUCUCUAACAACUAAAGAAACUAGUACUUCAAUUACGUUAGAGGCAACACAACCUAUUACUAGUGACACUACAACUGCUUCACAAUCCACUGAUACAACACAGACUUCACCUGAAACAACAAGUACAUCAUCUCUAACAACUACAGAAACUAGUACUUCAGUAACAUCCGAAACAACUCAACCUAAUACUAGUGACACUACAACUGCUUCACAAUUCACUGAUACAACACAGACUUCACCUGAAACAACAAGUACAUCAUCUCUAACAACUACAGAAACUAGUACUUCAGUAACAUCCGAAACAACUCAACCUAAUACUAGUGACACUACAACUGCUUCACAAUUCACUGAUCCAACAACACAGACUUCACCUGAAACAACAAGUUCAUCAUCUCUAACAACUACAGAAACUGGUACUUCAGUUAUGUUACGGACAACACAACUUAUCACUAGUGACACUACAACUGCUUCCCAAUCCAGUAAAACAACACCACAGACUUCACCCAAAACAACAAGUACAUCAUCUCUAACAACUAGAGAAACUACCACCUCAGUAACAUCAAAGACAACACAACCCAUCACUAGUGACACUACAACUGCUUCACAAUCCAAUGAUACAACAACACAGACUUCACCCGAAUCUAGUACUUCAGUAACACCAGAUUAUAUUCAAUCUAUCACUAGUGAUACAAAAACUACUCCAAUCUCGGGUGAUACAGCAACACAGACUUCACCCAAAGCAAAAAGUACAUCAUCUCUAACAACUACAGAAACUAGUACUUCAGUUAUGUUAGAGACAACACAACUUAUCACUAGUGACACUACAACCGCUUCACAAUCCACUGAUACAACACAGACUUCACCUGAAACAACAAGUACAUCAUCUUUAACAACUUUAGAGACUAGUACUUCAGGAAGAUCAGGAACAACUCAACCUAUCACUAGUGACACUACAACUAUUCCAUCCUCCAGUGACACAACUACACAGACAUCACCCCUAACAACUACACAUACUUCAUUAAUAACAACUACAGAAAGAAGUUCUUCAGUAGCAUCAGGUAGAACACAACCUAUCACUAGUGACUCUACAACUAUUCCAUCCUCCAGUGGUACAACAACUGAAACUUUGGCCAAGACAAUAAGUACUUCAGUGAUAGCAACUUCUGACAUAAGUACUUUGGUGACAUCAGAUACUACUCAUCCUAUCACUAUUGACGCUACAAUUAUUCAACCAUCCACUGAUACAACAACAGUAUCUGAAACCAGUACUAACAGCACCAUGUCUACUGCGGAAUCUUCAGUUUCUGGGACUGUUAGCAGUACUAUCACCACAUCAGGAAUUAGUACUACAAGCUCUGGUAUGUCCUCAGAUUUAACCUCUACAACAAAAAAUAUCACCACCACGUCCGGAACCAGUAGUUUUGUAACUCCUACUAGAACAUCCUAUUCUUCUGAGAGUGCUAUUACUAACACCACAAGAUCCACUGUUAGUGGGAGCACACUCUUUACUCCUACAACAGUACCUGGUACCAGCAAUAACAGCACCAUGACUACUACAAAAUCCAUGGUUUCUGGGACUAUCAGUACUACUACUGCAUCAGGACAAGAUGCCACAAGCGUGGGUACUUUGUCAGAUUUAACUGGUACCACAAUAAAUAUCACCUCCUCAUCUGGACCCCUUAGUUCCACAACUUCUAUUGGAAGCUCCAGUUUCACUGUGAGUCCUGUUUCUAACACCACAGGUGCUACAAUUAGUGGAAACUCAUUUAUUACUUCUGCAACAGUACCUGGUACCAGCAAUAAUGGCACCAUGACUAUUACAAAAUCCAUUGUUUUUGGGCCUAUCAGUACUACUACAAUAUCAGGACAAAGUGCUACAAGCCCUGGUACUUCAUCAGAUUUAACUGGCACCACAAUAAAUAUCACCUCCUCAUCUGGACCCCAUAGUCCCACAACUUCUAUUGGAAGCUCCAGUUUCACCGGGAGUCCUGUUUCUAACACCACAAGUGCAACUAUUAGUGGAAACCCACUUAUUACGUCUAUAACAGUACCUGAUAUUAGUAAUAACAGCUCUAUGACCACUACUGAAUCCAUGGUUUCUGGGACUAUCAGUACUACUACUAUAUCAGGACCAAGUGCUACAACCGCAGGUACUUUAUCAGAUUCAACUGGCACCACAAUAAAUAUCACCUCCUUAUCUGGCCCCCGUAGUUCUACUACUACUAUUAGCGGCUCCAGUUUCACCGAGAGUCCUUUUUCUAACACCACAAGUUCUACUAUUAAUGGAAACUUACUUAUAACUCCUACAACCAUACCUGGUACCAGCAAUAACAGCUUUAUCACUACUAUUGAAUCCAUGGUGUCUGGGACUAUCAGUACUACUAUGAUAUCAGGACAAGGUGCAAAAAGCUCUAGUACUUUAUCAGAUUUAACUGGUACCACAAUAAAUAUCACCUCCUCAUCUGGACCCGGUAGAUCCACUGCUUCAAUUGGAAUCUCCAGUUUCACCGGGAGUCCUUUUUCUAACACCACUAUCGCUACUAUUAGUGAUAACCCACUUGUUACUUUUACAACAGUACCUAGUACCAGCAAUAACAGUAUCAUGACUACUACCAAAUCCAUGGUUUCUGGGACUAUCAGUAAUACUACUGUAUCAGGACAAAGUGCUACAAGCCCUGGUUCUUCAUCAGAUUUAACUGGUACCACAAUAAAUAUCACCUCCUUAACUGGACCCAAUAGUUCCACUUCUACUAUUAGAAGCUCCAGUUUCACCGGGAGUCCUGUUUCUAACACCCCAGGUGCUACUAUUAGUGGAAACUCACUUAUUUCUUCUACAACAGUACCUGGAUCCAGCAAUAACAGCUCUACGACUACUAUUGAAUCCAUGGUUUCUGGGACUAUCAGUACUACUACGGUAUCAGGAAAAAGUGCUACAAGCCCUGGUACUUCAUCAGAUUUAACUGGUACCACAAUAAAUAUCACCUCCUCAUCUGGACCCCAUAGUUCCACAACUUCUAUUGGAAGCUCCAAUUUCACCCGGAGUCCUGUUUCCAACACCACAAGUGCAACUAUUAGUGGAAACUCACUUAUUACUUCUAUAACAGUACCUGAUAUUAGUAAUAACAGCUCUAUGACUACUACUGAAUCCAUGGUUUCUGGGACUAUCAGUACUACUACUAUAUCAGGAAAAAGUGCUACAACCGCAGGUACUUCAUCAGAUUCAACUGGCACCACAAUAAGUAUCACCUCCUUAACUGGCCCACAUAGUUCCACUACUACUAUUGGUGGCUCCAGUUUCACUGGGAGUCCUGUUUCUAACACCACAGGUGCUACAAUUAGUGGAAACUCACUUAUUACUUCUACAACAGUACCUGAUACCAGCAAUAACAGCACCAUAACUACUACAAAAUCUGUGGUUUCAGGUCAAAGUGCUACAAGCCCUGGUACUUCAUCAGAUUUAACUGGUACCACAAUAAAUAUCACCUCCUCAUCUGGCCCCAAUAGUUCCACUACUACUAUUAGUGGCUCCAGUUUCAACGAGAGUCCUUUUUCUAACACCACAAGUGCUUAUAUUGGUGGAAACUCACUUAUUACUCCUACAACAGUACCCGGUACCAGCAAUAACAGCUCUAUGACUACUAUUGAAUCCAUGGUGUCUGGGACUAUCAGUACUACUACGGUAUCAGGACAAGGUGCUAAAAGCUCUAGUACUUUAUCAGAUUUAACUGGUACCACAAUAAAUAUCACCUCCUCAUCUGGACCCCGUAGUUCCACUGCUUCUAUUGGAAUCUCCAGUUUCACCGGGAGUCCUUUUUCUAACACUACCGUUGCUACUGUUAGUGAAAACUCACUUAUUACUUCUACAACAGAACCUAGUACCAGCAAUAACAGUAUCAUGACUACUACCAAAUCCAUGGUUUCUGGGACUAUCAGUACUACUACUGUAUCAGGACAAAGUGCUACAAGCGUGGGUACUUCAUCAGAUUUAACUGGUACCACAAUAAAUAUCACCUCCUCAUCUGGACCCCUUAGUUCCACUUCUACUAUUGGUGGCUCCAGAUUCACUGGGAGUCCAGUUUCUAACACCCCAGGUGCUACUAUUAGUGGAAACUCACUUACUACUUCUACAACAAUACCUAGUACCAGCAAUAACAGCUCCAUGACUACUACUGAAUCCAUGAUUUCCAGGACUAUCAGUAAUACUACUGUAUCAGGACCAAGUGCUACAAGUGCAAGUACUUCAUCAGAUUUAACUGGUACCACAAUAAAUAUCACCUCCUCAUCUGGACCCCUUAGUUCCACUUCUACUAUUGGAAGCUCUAGUUUCACCAGGAAUCUUCUUUCUAACACCACAAGUACUACUUUUAGUGGAAACUCACUUACUACUUCUACAACAGUACCUGGUAGCAUCUAUAAUAGUACCAAGGCUACUUCUGGAUCCACAGUUUCUGGAACUGUUACCAGUACCACUAAUUCAUCAAAGCUAAGUCCUACAGGCACUAGUACUUUGGAUAUAACUACCACCAAAAUAAAUAUUACCACUACAACUGGUGCAGGUACUUCUAUGACUACCAGAAUCAGCGAUUCUACAGAUUUGGCCUUUACUAGGUCCAGUUCUUCUGCAAACACCAACAAUUCCAUUACUACCACAAAAUCUACUAUCACUGAAACAAAUGCAAAUAAUAAUUCUACUGUGGUGACUUCUGGAUCAGGCACAACCAGUGGUAAUUCUACAGCUACAAGUUCUAAACCUGGUUCCAACACAACAACAUCAAGUGCAAGCGCCUCAGCUUCAACCAUCACCCAGAAUGGAGGAACAUCAACCCUGAGUACGGUCAUCUCCACCCAAACAACCUCUGACCCAUCUAAAAUCUCAUACUGGGGAAUCAUUCUUCUAGGACUGGUUGCUGUCUUGGGUGUUAUCUUACUAGCAGGAUUGCUGUGUGGAAUAUUGGCUUGUUUUCGUUCUACUGCCGCAGUUGCGAUAACCAGCACUCCGAGAUAUUUCACUCAUUAUCGUUGGUUCAAUUCUGCAAGACCAUCCAUACCAACAGACCUGGAAAGAGGAGUACGACUGAGGAGGAGUACGACUGAGGUAAUAUUAGAGAAGACCAUCCAUACCAACAGACCUGGAAAGAGGAGUACGACUGAGGUACUAUUAGAGAAGACCAUCCAUACCAAAAGAACUGGAAAGAGGAAUACGACUGAGGUACUAUUAGAGAAGACUAUCCAUACCAACAGACCUGGAAAGAGGAAUAUGACUGAGCUACUAUUAGAGAAGACCAUCCAUACCAACAGACCUGGUAAGAGGAGUACGACUGAGGUACUAUUAAAGAAGACCAUCCAUACCAACAGACCUGGAAAGAGGAAUAUGACUGAGGUACUAUUAGGGAAGACCAUCCAUACCAACAGACCUGAAAAGAGGAAUACGAUUGAGGUACUAUUAGAGAAGACCAUCCAUACCAACAGACCUGGAAAGAGGAAUACGACUGAGGAGAUGUUUGAGGAUCGAUGUACACCUCCAAGGGACUCUGGAGCACCUUCAAUUUGCAGCUCUUCCCUUUGGUUUAUCUUCUGCCCCUCACACUUUUACCAAGGUGUUGGUGGCCAUGGUGAGAGCUAUAAGACUCCAAAGCCUCAAAUUGUCCCAGAUCUGGAUGACUGGUUCAUAAAGACAUCUAGGCAGAGUGAUAGAAAAGUCAAGUAUGUUUGCUUUCUGUAUUGGGAAGACAAUCUAAUGGCAUUGGAUGCACUGUCCAUACCAUGGAGGUUCAGGCUGGCCUACAUAUUCCCUCCAAUUACCUUAAUACUGAGAGCAUUGCUGAAAAUCAGUAGUUGUAGUAGACAUAGCAGUAAUAAUGACAGUAGUAGUAGUAGUAGUAAUAGCAGCACUAAUCCUACAACAACUAGUGCCUCUAGUUCUACAACUAGUACAACACCCACUUUAGCUACUUCUUCAGCAAGUUCAACCACGUCAAGUACUGUUUCAACUGCUUCAACAACAUCAACCACUGGGGUAACGACAUCCACUUCAGCCACUUCUUUAGGAAGUACAACCUCCCCAACAAGUACUAGUUCCACUGCUUCAACCACAUCCACCACUGGUGUAACAACAUCUACUUCAGCUACUACUUUGACAAGUACAUCCACACCAACAAGUACUGAUUCAACAACAACAACCAUAACCACUCAACCUUCAACCACCACAUCAACCACUGGUGUAACAACAUCCACUUCAGCUACCACUUCGACAAGUACAUCCACACCAACAAGUACUGAUUCAACAACAACAACCAUAACCACUCAACCUUCAACCACAACAGCAACCACUGGUGUAACAACAUCCACUUCAGCUACCACUUCGACAAGCACACCCACACCAACAAGUACUGCUUCAACAACAACCACAACAACUCCACCCUCAACCACAUUAACCACUGGUGUAACCACACCCACUUCAGCUACCUCUUUGACAAGUACACCCACACCAACAAGUACUGAUUCAACAACAACAACCAUUACCACUCAAUCUUCAACCACCACAUCAACCACUGGUGUAACGACACCCACUUCAGCUACCUCUUUGACUAGCACACCCUCACCAACAAGUACCGUUUUAACAACAACCAUUACUACUCAACCUUUAACCACUACAUCAACCACUGUUGUAACAACGCCCACUUCAACUACUUCUUCAAUAAGUACAACUUUAUCAACAAGUACUAGCUCAACUGCUUCAACAACCAUUACAACUCCACCUUCAACCACCACAUCAACCACUGGUGUAAAAACAUCGACUUCAGCUACCUCUUCGACAAGCACACCAACAAUUACUGUUUCAACAACUAUUAAUACCACUCAACCUUCAACCACUUCAUCAACCACUGGUGUAACAACGCCCACAUCAGCUACUACAGUAAGUACACCCUCCCCAACAAGUACUGGUUCAACUGCUUCAACAACAUCAAUAUCAACUUCAACUAGUACUUUAGCAAGUACAUCCACACCAACAAGUACUGGUACGACUGCUUUAACAACACCCAUUAAUACUCAGCCUUUAAUCACAACAUCAACCACUGGUGUGACACCGUCCACUUUAGCUGCUUCUUCAGGAAGUGCAACCUCAUCAACAAGUACUGUUUCAUCUGCUUCAGCUACAUCAACCUCUGUGGUAAUAUCAUCCACUCCAGCUACCUCUUCAGCAAGUACAGCACAAACAAGUACUGGUUCAACUGCUUUAACAACAACCAUUACAACUCCAUCUUCAACCACUGGUGUCACAACACCUACUUCAGCUACUUCUGCAGGAAGUACAAUUUCACCAAGUACUGGUUCAACAACAACCCCUACUAUUCAAUCUAUAAACUCAACAUCAACCAUAGGUGUAACAACACCCACUUCAGCUGGUUCUUCAGCAAGUACUACACCAAUUACUGGUUCAACUGUUUCAACAACAACCACUACUAUACAACCUUCCAACUCAACAUCAACCACUGUGGUGACAACACCAACUUCAGCUAGUUCUCCAGUAAGUACAACACCAAGUACUGGAUCAACUACUUCAACAACAGCCACUGCUAUUCAACCUUCAAACUCAACAUCAACCACAGGUGUAACAACAACCACUUUAGAUAGUUCUUCAGCAAGUACAACACCAAGUACGGGUUCAACAACAACCACUACUAUUCAACCUUCAAACUCAACAUCAACUACUGUUGUGACAACACCCACUUCAGCUGGUUCUUCAUUCUUCAGCAAGUACAACACCAAGUACGGGUACAACAACAACCACUUCUAUUCAACCUUCAAACUCAACAUCAACUACUGUUGCGACAACGCCCACUUCAGCUGGUUCUUCACCAAGUACAACACCAAGUACGGGUACAACAACAACCACUUCUAUUCAACCUUCAAACUCAACAUCAACUACUGUUGCGACAACGCCCACUUCAGCUGGUUCUUCACCAAGUACAACACCAAGUACGGGUUCAACAACAACCACUACUUUUCAACCUUCAAACUCAACAUCAACUACUGUUGCGACAACACCCACUUCAGCUGGUUCUUCACCAAGUAUAACACCAAGUACGGGUUCAACAACAACCACUUCUAUUCAACCUUCAAACUCAACAUCAACUACUGUUGCGACAACACCCACUUCAGCUGGUUCUUUAGCAAGUACAACACCAAGUACUGGUUCAACAACAACCACUACUAUUCAACCUUCAAACUCAACAUCAACUACUGUUGCGACAACACCCACUUCAGCUGGUUCUUCAGCAAGUACAACACCAAGUACUGGUUCAACCACUACUAUUCAACCUUCAAACUCAACAUCAACUACUGUUGCAACAACGCCCACUUCAGCUGGUUCUUCACCAAGUACAACACCAAGUACGGGUACAACAACAACCACUUCUAUUCAACCUUCAAACUCAACAUCAACUACUGUUGCGACAACGCCCACUUCAGCUGGUUCUUCACCAAGUACAACACCAAGUACGGGUUCAACAACAACCACUACUAUUCAACCUUCAAACUCAACAUCAACUACUGUUGCGACAACACCCACUUCAGCUGGUUCUUCACCAAGUAUAACACCAAAUACGGGUUCAACAACAACCACUUCUAUUCAACCUUCAAACUCAACAUCAACUACUGUUGCGACAACACCCACUUCAGCUGGUUCUUUAGCAAGUACAACACCAAGUACUGGUUCAACAACAACCACUACUAUUCAACCUUCAAACUCAACAUCAACUACUGUUGCGACAACACCCACUUCAGCUGGUUCUUCAGCAAGUACAACACCAAGUACUGGUUCAACCACUACUAUUCAACCUUCAAACUCAACAUCAACUACUGUUGCGACAACACUCACUUCAGCUGGUUCUUCAGCAAGUACAACACCAAGUACUGGUUCGACUGCUUCAACAACAACAACCACUACUAUUCAACCUCCAAACUCAACAUCGACCACUGUGGUGACACCAACUUCAGCUAG